AUGGCCGCCAUCUGGGGCAAUGGUGGGCAGGGAGGACAGUUUCCCCUGGAACAGUGGUUCUAUGAAAUGCCCCCUGUGACUCGAUGGUGGACAGCAGCUACGGUGGCGACCUCAGUUCUGGUUCAAUGUCACAUUUUAACACCGUUUCAGCUAUUCUACAGCUUCCGCGCAGUCUAUGUAAAGUCGCAGUAUUGGCGUCUAGUCACAACUUUCCUUUACUUCGGACCGCUUAAUCUGGAUCUGCUUUUCCAUGUUUUCUUCCUCCAGCGAUACUCGAGGCUCCUCGAAGAAUCAUCCGGUCGAUCCCCGGCAAACUUCUCCUGGCUAUUGUUCUACGCGAUGGUGUCCCUGCUCGCUAUGUCUCCGUUCCUCUCACUCCCGUUUCUGGGUACCGCCCUGUCCUCGAGUCUGGUCUACAUCUGGAGCCGACGCAACCCGGAUACUCGACUGAGCUUCCUUGGCGUCCUGGUCUUCACAGCCCCAUAUCUUCCUUGGGUCCUGAUGGCGUUCAGCCUAGUUGUCCAUGGAAUUGUGCCCAAGGAUGAAAUAUGCGGUGUUGUAGUGGGUCACAUUUGGUAUUUCUUCAACGAUGUCUACCCCUCGCUCCACGGCGGCCACCGGCCAUUCGAUCCCCCAGCGUGGUGGGUGCGGUUGUUUGAUCCUCGGGCAAGAUCUGGAGAAGGCCGAGGUACAGAUACGGCUAAUAUCAACCGCGACUUCGCCGCGGCUGCCGCGCCGGAAGUUCGAUGA